GCACGCCUGGUCGGCCGGGUGGUGAAGGGGUCCAGAUCAUUUACCAAAAUCUCGCAAGAAAUGGGGACUUUCGCCAAUUUCGACCGGAUUUGUAGAUUAUGUGGCAUCGAGAGCAACGACCUGAUCCAUCUCUUCGAAAACACAAGUCAGGACCGCAAUCUGGUGGCCAUAAUCAAGAAGUAUCUGCGCGUUACAGUAAAUAUAAAAGAUGCUCUGCCUCAGCAAGUAUGCGGACCAUGUAUUGCGAAGCUGGACGAGGUGGUGGACUUUAUGGAUGCAAGUCAGACUACACAGAUAAAGCUCAGGAACCAGCUGAAAGAUAGCUCUUCCGAUAAUAGUGUUCGGAUUCACGAAGACCAACUGUAUGAGCUGAUACAAGAUGUCAAAGUGGAACUGGAAGAAGCAGAGGAGCAGUUUGUGGAUGAUCUUGAUGACGAGGAUUAUGGACCUCAUGGGAGCAGGAGAAGGAAUACUCGGCUGCGGAGUUUGCGAGGACGAAAUGCUGCCAUUAAAGGUGUCUUUUCAUUUUUCAAAUGUGACUACUCUCUUCUUGACUCCAUCUUGCGCGGGAAGAUUCGAAGGUCCAGAGGAGCAACCUCUCUUUUGAUGCGGGGCAAUGGUGCGGACGUCAUCCAGUUGCAAGAGGGUCAUCAUCCGCAGAGAGGAGAUGAAAGGGAGGAAACAAAGAAAGCUGAAAGUUUAGCACCAUUGGAUUAUGGUGACAACCUGAUGGAAGAGGCAAAUACUCUUUCUGCAUCAGAAGAUAUGGGUAUCCAGCAAAAAUGUGCUGUCAGAUGUUGUGUAUGCAAAGCCUCUUUUGAUCAGCUGGAGCAGCUGUCAUCACACUCCUUGGAAGCCCAUCAGCUGGAGACACCACGUUACAUGUGUCCGCAGUGUCCUCGUACCUUCCCCAAAGUCACGUCUAUGACCAACCACCAGCGGAGGAAACACCAGGAAACAUUGCAGGGGUGCCCUAAGUGUAGGAAGUUAUACCCAGCACACUACCUUUGGACUCGUCACAUGUUGGUCCACUCAAACACACGUCCCUUCUCAUGUGACGAGUGUGAAAAGAAGUUCAAAAGUAAGCCAGAACUAAUCAACCACAAGAAGGUUCACAGACCAAGUGAAGAACGCUACACACACUGCUGUGAAGUGUGUGGGAAAAGAUUUACACAGAAGGCAAAUCUUGAAAGCCACCUAAGGCUUCACACAGGAAACCGUCCCUUCUCAUGUGAGUUUUGUGGAAAGUGUUUUUCUCAAAGAGGGAACAUGGAGGAACACCGUAGAAUUCACACAGGUGAAAAGCCAUUUGUGUGCGAUGUCUGCGGGGUCAGUUAUUCACGCCAGGGGCAGUUAGCAAUGCACAGAAGAAAACACAAUGGUGAAAAGCCACAUAAAUGCCAGUACUGUGAAAAGGAAUUUCUGCGGAGAGAAGUACUACGUAAGCAUGAGCACAUGCAUACUGAUACACGUCCAUACAAGUGCUCCUACUGUGAAAAAAGUUUCAGGGACCAAGGAAAGCGCAAGGUGCAUGAGAGGCUCCACACUGGGGAGAGGCCCUAUGAGUGCCAGGUGUGUGGCAGGGGCUUUUGCGAAUCAGGCAACCUGCGCAAGCACCUGCGUGUGCACCAGCGGCGGCCAGGUGCUGUGGUUGCACCAGCUGCCCCACCUGUAGCAAGGGAGCGAGAUGGCCUUCUACCCCCAGCAAUCAGUGUGGCUGUUAGCAGUGCUGCACCAGGACCCACCAGCUACAGUGUACCCCAUGCAACGUUCACCUUCCCUGGUGCCCCUGCAGUGAGGCAUGGUGUAGAAGGCAUGGCAGAAGGGUCGCUCAUGCUGGUGCCAGAGGUGUCUGGCUUAGCCACACCUGCCACGCACAUUGUGACUUCUAGCAUGCCCCACAACCCCCAACCUUCAUUGGCUGUGCCCAUGGCUAGUUCCCCAUGCCCCACCAGCCACCCACUUGUCACCCUUCGGCCACUGGAGGAACCGAGGGAAAGUCCGGCAUUGGCCGAGGGCGGCGACAGGGAAGACUACAGGGUGAGUGCUGCCUCUGCCUCCUUCCAAACAGUUGGGUGGGCACUCUAUCAGACAUAAGUACUCCUUUGUCUAUGGCAUCCCUUUUGAGUGGAAUAUCUGUUAUUAUUUAGAACUUUGUGAUAACAGUUAAAACUUUAAGUGGUGAAUGAUAAAGAACUGAAGAAAAAGUUUAGUCAUAUUGAUUCUAAAACUUGUACUGUUCUCUCUUCUUCA